GGGAGACAUAGCACACUUAAUUCCAGCUGCCAAGGAGGGAGAAGGAAAACUCAAGACAAGACCCAAGGAAGAUGUAAGCGAUUUUCUGCCCUUCUGACUGAUAAAGACUCCCUAGAUUGCCAGCAGUACUCACAGGCUUUCACUUGGUCACACCAUGCUGUGGCAGGUGGCCUCAGAUCCUUGGCUGUGGCACAACCAUCAAAACUGACUGAGGUUUGGAUCCUCCCUGAUUUCUUGAUCAUGAGCAGAGUUAGGAGCUAAAGCUUCACUUUCUUCUCCAGUGCAGAGAGACCGCACGCCAGGCACGAGGCUCCCUACUCCUCCUCUCUUCCACUCUGCUUUUCCUGGGCUGAGGUCCAGAGAACGACUGGCUCUAGUGGACCCAAGAGGAGGAAGACAGACUGAAGACAACACACAGUAGCUCCAACUCUACUUGCAUACCUGCUGGGAAACACUGAGGUUUUAGAAAUUAGCUGCUCCAUUUUCUUUGUGGGCUUCAUAGAAACCAUUUUUGCUGUUUUAUUUUUUUUAAUCAUAUCUGAAACAAGUGGAUGCAAGCUGUACACAGACAGACAAACAGACGGACUGACAUAUGGACAGAGAGCAGUGAGCAUUGCGGCGUGAAUGUAGCAACUGGACUUCUCCCUGGUUACUAAGACCAAACAAGGAUAAUAGCCAAAGCACUAUCCUUUUCACCAAGGUAGUGGGUGGAUGCAGCUUUCAGCAGACUGCUAUAGGGGAAGGCAGCGACUGCACUGAGGCUGCAGAGAUACAUCUAUUUGAUCCACAUUGUGGAAAUGCAUAGAUAAUGGACGGUUACCUUCAAGAAGACUCUUGUUGGAUACUGAAGACUAUCUAAUGUUAAGCAGCGCUUGAUGGAAGUUAAUAGAAAGACCUGUGGAUGUUUUUUUUUUUUCCUUUUUAAUGGCCUUUGCUGCUCAUUCUGAGUGAACCUAAUGCUUUUUAACUAGGCAAAUAUAGAAUGUGUGUCACAGCAAUGAUGGCAGGAUGCAAAAGGACUUUAAAUCUGUCACAGAUGCUGCUAUAUUUUAUUCUGAUUGUCAUGACUCACACAGCACACAGCAUCUACCCAAGGAUACGGCUCUCCCACAAAGAACUUUGGCAAAUGAACAGGACCUGGGUGUUUCAGGGACAUGGUGCGCCUCUUCAACCUCAGACGAUGCUCCUGGAUGAGAGCCACCAAAGGCUUUAUGUCGGUGCCAAGAAUGCUCUGUUCUCCCUUAGCCUGGACAGGGUUAACAUAAACCACAGAAAGAUCAAUUGGACCAAUACUGAACAUCAGAUAGAGGAGUGCAUGAUGAAGGGGAGGGAAAAGCCUGAGUGUGCAAACUACAUCAAAGUGCUCCAGAAGUACAACCAAACCCAUUUGCUGGUUUGCGGAACAGGAGCCUUCAACCCCAUCUGUGUCCUGAUCAAAGUGGGACAUGCAGGGCAGGACCCCCUGUUUACUCUUGAGGAGGAUAGUGUUAUGAGUGGCAGAGGACGUUGUCCAUAUGACCCCAACAGUCCCUGCACUUCAACACUCUCCAGAGGAGAGCUCUACAUUGGCCUCUACACUGAUUACUGGGAGAAUGACGGUGCUUUAUGUCGACUGAACAACCACACCUACACACGCACUGAAAGAAAUGACAGACAACAGCUCAAUGAGCCAAAGUUUGUGAGUUCAGCAGCUAUUCCUGACAACGAUGACAGCGAUGAUGAUAAAGUUUACUUCUUCUUCACUGAGAGAGAGAUGGAUGCUGAGGGAGUGAACAGGGCCGUAUACAGUCGUGUCGGACGAGUCUGCGCAAAUGACCAAGGGGGACAGAGAAUGCUGGUGAAUAGAUGGAGCUCCUUCCUGAAAACUCGCCUCAUCUGCUCUGUAGCUGGACCAAAUGGCAUUGAUACUCAUUUUGAUGAGCUUGAGGAUGUGUUUGUGCUUAGCAACAAGGAUGAGAAAAACCCAGAAAUAUUUGGUCUCUUUAGCACAACAAGCGCUGUGUUUAAAGGCUAUGCAGUUUGUGUCUAUCAAAUGGAUGACAUCAGAGCAGCCUUUAACGGUCCAUUUGCCUACCGUGAGAGACCUGAGCAUCACUGGACACCUUAUGAGGACAGAAUCCCCUACCCUCGACCUGGAUCAUGUGCCAGUAAGGUAAAUGGUGGAGGCUUCUCCAGCUCUAAGGAGUUCCCUGAUGAAGUACUACGGUUUGUGCGGUCUCAUCCUGUGAUGUAUCGUCCAAUCCGCCCACAGCAUCAAAGACCUGUUCUGCUGCAGACAGAACCAGGCAAAAGAAAGCUGACCCAGAUUGCAGUAGACAGAGUACAAGCCCAGGAUGGACACUAUCAUGUUCUCUACAUUGGCACUGAUGACUCUGUGGUUUUGAAAGUUAUCACCAUUUUCAACAAAGACACAGACACUAUGGAGGAAGUCUUGCUGGAAGAGCUCCAAGUAUUUAAGGUACCAGCGCCUAUUAGAGAGAUUAUAAUAUCCCCCAAAAGGCAACAACUGUAUGUGGGGUCAGAAGUGGGUGUCGCCCAGGUGAGAUUGCACCAAUGUGACCUCUAUGGAUCAGAAUGUGCUGAUUGUUGCCUGGCUAGAGACCCAUACUGUGCCUGGGAUGGUCUCACCUGCUCCAGAUACUACCCUGCUGGAGUGUACACCAAAAGUAGACGGUUCAGACGGCAGGAUGUUCGCCAUGGCAACGCUGUACAGCUGUGCAAUGGGCUGCAGAUUGAUGAUGAACAAUGGCAGCGAGCUGAGGAGAGGCUAAUAUACAGUGUGGAGAACAACAGCACAUUACUGGAAUGUGUUCCUCGAUCACUUCAAGCCAAAGUCCUCUGGUUCUUACAGAGAGGAGGGGAAAAACAUGAGGUUCGAGGUGAUGAGCGAGUCAUCAUGACCUCCCAUGGCCUGCUGUUCUUACAUGUGAGAAGCUCAGAUGCUGGUGUGUAUGUGUGUCAGACUGUGGAACAUGGAUAUGUGCACACAUUACUAAGAAUCAGUCUACAUGUGCUCAAAGGGGAGAGGGUGGAGUCAGCAAUCCACAUGGCUAAUGACGGGGAUGGAGAGAAAGCUGAAGCUCCUUGCCACUCAGUUAUGGGCUCUCCACUGGGCACCAGCAUCAGCCCCAGAUCUCUGUUGCCACCCUCAGUGCCAGUCCCCAACUCCAGAUUGUGGUAUAAGGAGUUCCUUCAGCUGAUUGGUUAUGGUGAUGCUCAGAAGAUAGAAGAGUACUGUGAGAGAGUGUGGUGCUCUGAUAAGAAACGUAAAAAGACCAAACGGAAGUGGGUUUCUUUUGGUGGUGAGAAGAGAGGAAAAAGGAAGGGAGAGGAGAACUCCCACAGGGCUCCCAGGCAUACCUUUGACACCUGAGGAGCACAGACUCACUGCACACACACACAUAUACACACACACUCACACAUUCAAUCACGGUGUCUAAAGGUCAGACUCACUCACUGUUUGCACCAUGUAAAAGGUUUUUGCUUUGCUUUAAAAGUGCAGUUACAGAAAAGCAACAGGAGCAGACUUUCCUGGCAAUUGUAGCAACAUUUAUUGCUUCUGCUUACUUCAAAAACCAUUUCUUGCCUUUUGUGUGCUGUGUAAACUUAUUAUUUGGUGCAGGUCCUGGGUGAACCCCAAACACAUCAACAUUAAUAUGAAGCCAAGACCUAGGCUGGAAAGAUGGACAAGUUCAGUAAUGUUGCCUCUAAUCAUAGAGACACAUGAUUAUACAACAGCUCCUUUGGACUUACCCAGCUAAAUCCUGCUGUCCAUCAAAAUGCACAGACUGUUUCACCAAAUCCCUGCUCAACCUCAUUGUGUAUAUUAUGAGAGAAAAUAUCAAUAUUAAAACAGAUUGCCUUUUAGUCUUUUUUUUCUGACAGUAUGAUAACUUAUUUUCUCUGUAUUUUCUUUGAAUUCUUUAACUGUUAUAAUUUCAAAAACUGGAAUAUAUAGUGUUAUCCUUUUUGUACAGUGAAAGUCCUUUGAGCUUUGUGAUACUUUAUAUUGAAAUUUUUUGAAGUCGCAGUCAUGGCUGUAGGGUGUGUGGUUACAGUGGCCACAAUAAUGAAUGCCACAGAACUAUUAUUAUGGAUAUUUAAGGCAUGUUUCAUGUAUUACUAUGCCGUAAACGACCAUUGUUACUAUCUAAGCACUUGUAAACCUAUUACAAUAGGCAAAAAAUCUGGCCCUGUUAGUGGAUGUUAUUUGUAUCUUAUUUAUCUAUAUUUACUACAAUUACAGCUACAAGUUUCAUCAAAUGUGUUAAUGCAAAUGUGUCAAUUGUAUGUUUUAUUAAUCUUGGAUUUCUUUCACGUUUGUAUAUUAUACUGUGUAUUCAAAGUAUAUUGCUUCUUGUUUGGCUUUCCUCUGUUUUCUUCUCUUCCUCUUGUUCCCUCUUGUCCUCCCUCUAUCACCUCUUAUUCCCAUGGCACUCCUCCGGCCCUCUUUUUGUCGUCAUUGAUGUUGCAGAUGGGAUUCAUGCAUAUCAACAAAAACAACAAUGUACAACACCUCAUUUUCCUCCAACAAAAGAGACAAAUAAAUGUUGUGUGACGAUCCAAGUACCUCAUUUGCAAAACUGAGUUUCAUGAAUAUUUAUCUAUUCUGAGAUGACAGAAACAACCUGUUAUUAAAAU